GCCGAGAGGCCCCAGGUGAGGGAUGCCCUAGAACCGUGUUGGGAACGCGGCAUCCUUGGGCUGUGCCCCGCAGGGGACAGCCAUGGCCAGCUCAGUCCUGGGAGCCAUCCUCGCCGUGCUGGCCUCGCUCAUCAUCACCGCCAACGUGCUGGUGGCCAUCGCUCUCCUUCGCCUCAUCCAGAAGAGCGGCUCCAAGGGGCUCUACUUUGUCCUUAAUCUCGCCGUUGCGGAUGCCAUGGUUGGCUUCACGGUCGUGGGUCUGGUCGUGGAUGAGUUUUCCCAGCCCUUUUAUCCUCCCCAGAUCUUCUGCGUCCUGAGAAUGGCUUUCGUGACCUCCUCUUCUGCUGCCUCUAUCCUAUCCUUGAUUCUGGUUGCGUGCGACAGGCACCUGGCCAUCCGGAAGCCUUUCCACUAUUUCCAGCUGGUGACAGGCCUGCGGGUCGGGGUGCGGUUGGUGGGGCUCUGGCUGGUUGCUGCCAUCAUCGGCUUCCUCCCAGUCCUCACCCCGGGCUUUCAGAGGAUCUCCAGCUAUGAGAAGUGCUCCUUCUUCAGAGUCUUCCACCCCACCUACAUGCUCACCAUCUUCUGCGUCGGCUUCUUCCCAGGGCUCUUUCUCUUCAUUUAUCUCUACUGCGACAUGCUGAAGAUUGCCUCCGUGCACGUGCAGCACAUCCGGGAAGUGGAGCACGCAGGGCUGGCGGGGGGCUGCCCCCCGUCCUGCACCACCAGCGACAUGAAGGCCAUGCGCACCGUUGCCAUGCUCAUCGGGUGCUUCACGCUGUCCUGGCUGCCGUUCUUCAUCGCCAGCAUCGUGCAAACCGUCUGUCCGGCCUGCUUCCCCUACAAAGUCAUUGAGAACUACCUCUGGCUGCUGGGACUGUGCAACUCCCUCCUGAACCCCCUGCUCUACUCCUGCUGGCAGAAGGACGUGCGGCAGCAGCUCUGCCAGCUGGCUGAAGGUGUGAAGAGGAGAGUCCUCCUCCCCCUGGGGAACGGCCGCCGUUUCCCCGGCAGGGGCACCAAGUCUCUCCCCACCGUGUCCUGCCUGCGGCUCCAGGACUGACGCGGUAAGGAGUGGCUGUCUCCGGCUUUCCAGCUCAUCGCCUGCAUCACGACCACCAACUCAGGGCCUGCUGGCUGCGGAGGAGAUCACCGACGGGGUGGGACCAAUCUGGAUGCUAAAUCCCGGACAUCAGCAGGGCCACAUUCCAGCCUGCCCACAGCCCCACAGCGCAGCCCGUUUUGCACCGGCCCCAGGCACCCCAAACAUUGGAUCUCACCUGGAGAGCCUCGGCAAGAGCAGCCUUGUGUCUCCCGGGACCAAGCCCUCAGCACUCGCUCCGCAGGCUCAGAUCCUUCACCCAUCGCUGCCGUGCUUCCCUUGCCCGGGCCCGGGAUCCACCUGGUGCCCGGGCCAGGGCUGCUCGCACAGCGUUGGCUCCGUCGCCUUUGGCUCCUGGCCCGGGCAGCGGAGGCUGGGAUGUGUGUGCAUGUCCUAAACCCAACCUGGACCGCAGGCGCUCCCAGUCGCUGCCCUUCCUAAACCAAACUCGGGAUCCU